AUGACUUCUGCUAUUCCAAAAUUUUCUUCCGCCAUUAAAUCAACCUUCAGUUUAAGUUCUUCAUUAAAACAAACAAUAAAUCUAUCAAUCUUAGAAGCCCAUCUGAAAAAAUGUAUGAAUUUGAUAGAAUUCAAUCAAAUUCAUUGUCAAAUGGUAGUUUCAGGGUUUAUCAAAGACACGUAUGCAGCAAGUAGACUCAUACAUUUUUCAUCAACUGCUCCAUUCAUUCAUUCUAACCAUUUGUUUCACAUUUUAAAUCAGAUUGAAAACUCAAAUGGGUUUACUUGGAAUGUUGUUAUGAAAUCAUUUUUACAAAGAAAAUCACUUGAAAUGUUGAUUCCUUUAUAUAAAAUGAUGUUACAGAAAAAUGUCGAACCUGAUAACUAUACAUUUCCACUUCUGUUACAAUCUUGCAGUGUUAGAUUGUGUGAAUCUGAUGGGGAAAUGAUCCAUGAUCAUGUUAUGAAAAUGGGUUUUGAAUAUGAUGUUUAUGUUGUUAAUACUUUAAUUAAUAUGUAUAUUGUUUGUGGGAAUUUGAGGGAUGCAAGACAGUUGUUUGAUAAAAGUCUUGUGUUAGAUUCUGUUUCUUGGAAUUCUAUGUUGGCUGGGUAUAUCAAAGCUGGAGAUGUAGAGGAGGCAAAAGAAAUCUUUGAUCAAAUGCCGCAAAGGAAUAUAAUUGCUUCGAGUUCGAUGAUUGAUUUGUUUGGCAAAACAGGUCGGACGACUGAAGCUCGGUGUUUAUUUAAUGAAAUGAUUGAAAAGGAUAUGGUUUCAUGGAGUGCUAUGAUAUCUUGUUAUGAGCAAAAUGGGAUGUUUGAAGAAGCUUUGGUGCUGUUUGUAGAGAUGAACUGCAAGGGAGUAAUGGUAGAUGAAGUUGUGAUUGUUACUGUUAUUUCGGCUUGUGCAAACUUGUUGGCGUUUAAUGAAGGAAAGUUGACUCAUGGCCUUGCGGUAAGAGUUGGAAUUGAAUCAUAUAUUAAUAUUCAAAAUGCAUUAAUUCAUAUGUAUUCAAAGUGCGGUGACAUAAGAUCUUCUCAGAGGUUGUUUGAGGAAAGCCCACUAUUGGAUGAAAUAUCCUGGAACUCUAUGAUUUCUGGAUACUCAAAAGCUGGGUUUAUAAGACAUGCUCGAAGAUUGUUUGAUUCGAUGCCCAAAAAGGAUGUCGUUUCAUGGGGUGCUAUGAUAUCUGGUUACGCUCAACAUGAACAUUAUGAAGAGACCUUGGAAUUGUUCCAUGAUAUGCAGCUUGGAGAAGUUAAGCCUGACGAGUCGGCGUUAGUCAGUGUGGUUUCAGCCUGUGCUCACUUGAAUAAUGUAGAUCAAGGUAGUUCAGUUCAUUCAUAUAUUAGGAAUAAUGACAUAAAGAUCAAUCCAAUUCUUGGUGCAACCCUGAUUGACAUGUACUUGAAAUCUGGCUGUGUUCAAAAUGCAAUGGAAGUGUUUAAUGGGAUGGAAGAAAAGGGAGUUUCUACUUGGAAUGCCCUAAUUAUGGGAUUAGCCAUGAACGGUUCUUUUGAAGUAUCAUUUGAGAAAUUCUCAGAGAUGAAGAGGUGUGGAGUAGAACCUAACGAUGUAACGUUUUUAGGGAUUCUAAGUGCUUGUAGACAUGCAGGCUUAGUAGAUGAGGGUCGUCGUUAUUUUGAAUCCAUGAUCAGCAUUCACAACAUAGAACAGAACAUUAAGCAUUAUGGAUGCAUGGUAGAUCUUCUUGGUCGUGCUGGUGCGCUUGAAGAAGCAGAAGAACUCAUUGAAGAUAUGCCAACGGAACCAGUUGUGGCUACUUGGGGUGCUCUUCUUGGAGCUUGUGAGAAGCAUGGGAAUACUGACAUGGGUGAAAGAAUAGGAAUGAAGCUCAUUGAGAGGUAUCCUGAUCAUGAUGGGUUUCAUGUACUAUUAUCCAAUUUUUAUACUUCUAUGGGUGAGUGGGAAAAAGGUGCAGAAAUCAGAGGGAAAAUGAAGAAACAAGGAGUAGUGCAAGUUCCAGGUUGGAGUUCAAUUGAAGCCGAUGGUGAAGUUCAUAAAUAUCUUGCUGGAGUUAGAAUGCACUCUUGACAUAUUAUUGCUGGAUCAUGAGAUUGAAUAUUGUUGGACGAGCAAUGUUCAGUCUCAUGUUCCUUGUAAUUAAGUCCUUAAGUCAAUUUUUUUUUGACUUAAGGGCUUAAUUACAACUUCAAGAAACAACUUUUUGACUUAUUUUAAGCUUACACUAGCUUAUUGCCACCACUCAAUCCUACAUUUCCAUCCAACUCC